UCCAUUUCUCCACAAAGACAAAAACAGAGCAAGAGUACUACUGUGAAGCGUGAGAGAGCCUAAAGAUGUCAAGCACAGCUGGUCAAGUUAUACGUUGCAAAGCCGCGGUAGCAUGGGAAGCAGGAAAGCCAUUGGUGAUAGAAGAAGUGGAAGUGGCGCCUCCACAGGUCAUGGAGGUUCGUCUGAAGAUUCUCUUCACCUCCCUCUGCCAUACUGAUGUUUACUUCUGGGAAGCCAAGGGACAAACCCCUUUAUUUCCUCGUAUAUUUGGUCAUGAGGCUGGCGGGAUUGUGGAGAGCGUGGGUGAGGGUGUCACAGAUCUCCAACCUGGAGACCAUGUUCUUCCUGUAUUCACUGGCGAAUGCAAGGAGUGCCGGCACUGCAAGUCAGAGGAGAGUAAUAUGUGUGACCUCCUCAGGAUAAACACCGACAGAGGCGUGAUGCUCAGUGAUAACAAAUCAAGAUUCUCUAUUAACGGAAAACCCAUUUACCAUUUUGUGGGGACUUCCACAUUUAGCGAAUACACUGUGGUUCAUGUUGGUUGCGUCGCUAAGAUCAACCCUGCUGCCCCACUCGACAAAGUUUGUGUUCUCAGUUGUGGAAUCUCUACAGGUCUGGGUGCUACAUUGAAUGUUGCAAAACCAUGGAAGGGUUCAUCAGUCGCCAUUUUCGGUUUAGGAGCUGUGGGGCUUGCUGCUGCUGAGGGGGCUAGAAUUGCAGGCGCUUCCAGAAUCAUUGGGAUUGAUCUAAACCCUAAGAGAUUUAAUGACGCAAAGAAAUUUGGCGUCACUGAGUUUGUGAACCCAAAGGAUCAUGACAAGCCUGUUCAAGAGGUGAUUGCUGAGAUGACCGAUGGGGGAGUGGACAGAAGUGUUGAGUGUACCGGAAAUGUCAAUGCUAUGAUAUCUGCAUUUGAGUGUGUUCAUGAUGGGUGGGGUGUUGCUGUGCUGGUUGGUGUGCCAAACAAAGAUGACUCGUUCAAAACGCACCCCGUGAAUCUAUUGAACGAGAGGACUCUGAAGGGCACUUUCUUUGGCAACUACAAACCCCGUUCCGACCUUCCUUCAGUGGUGGAAAAAUACAUGAACAAGGAGCUUGAACUGGAGAAAUUCAUCACACACGAAGUCCCUUUUGCAGAGAUCAACAAGGCCUUCGAAUAUAUGCUUAGCGGGGAUGGGCUUCGAUGCAUCAUUCGCAUGAAUGCAUCAAGAGAAGCACGCCCAUUUCUCCACAAAGGAAGAAACAAAGAAAUACUAGUUACCGUCAAAAGUGAGAGAAGAAAGAGCCUUAAGAUGUCAGGCACAGCUGGUCAAGUUAUACGUUGCAAAGCCGCAGUAGCAUGGGAAGCAGGAAAGCCAUUGGUGAUCGAAGAAGUGGAAGUGGCGCCUCCACAGGUCAUGGAGGUUCGUCUGAAGAUUCUCUUCACCUCCCUCUGCCACACUGAUGUUUACUUCUGGGAAGCUAAGGGACAAACCCCUUUAUUUCCUCGUAUAUUUGGUCAUGAGGCUGGCGGGAUUGUGGAGAGCGUGGGGGAGGGUGUCACAGAUCUCCAAUCUGGAGACCAUGUUCUUCCUGUAUUCACUGGCGAAUGCAAGGAGUGCCGGCACUGCAAGUCAGAGGAGAGUAAUAUGUGUGACCUCCUCAGGAUAAACACCGACAGAGGCGUGAUGCUCAGUGAUAACAAGUCAAGAUUCUCUAUUAACGGAAAACCCAUUUACCAUUUUGUGGGGACUUCCACAUUUAGUGAAUACACUGUGGUUCAUGUUGGUUGCGUCGCUAAGAUCAACCCUGCUGCCCCACUCGACAAAGUUUGUGUUCUCAGUUGUGGAAUCUCUACAGGUCUUGGUGCUACUUUGAAUGUUGCAAAACCAUGGAAGGGUUCAUCAGUCGCCAUUUUCGGUUUAGGAGCUGUGGGGCUUGCUGCUGCUGAGGGGGCUAGAAUUGCAGGCGCUUCCAGAAUCAUUGGGAUUGAUCUAAACCCUAAGAGAUUUAAUGACGCAAAGAAAUUUGGCGUCACUGAGUUUGUGAACCCAAAGGAUCAUGACAAGCCUGUUCAAGAGGUGAUUGCUGAGAUGACCGAUGGGGGAGUGGACAGAAGUGUUGAGUGUACCGGAAAUGUCAAUGCUAUGAUAUCUGCAUUUGAGUGUGUUCAUGAUGGGUGGGGUGUUGCUGUACUGGUUGGUGUGCCAAACAAAGACGACUCAUUCAAAACGCAUCCCGUGAAUCUAUUGAACGAGAGGACUCUGAAGGGCACUUUCUUUGGCAACUACAAACCCCGUUCCGACCUUCCUUCAGUGGUGGAAAAAUACAUGAACAAGGAGCUUGAACUGGAGAAAUUCAUCACACAUGAAGUCCCUUUUGCAGAGAUCAACAAGGCCUUCGAAUAUAUGCUUAGCGGGGAUGGUCUUCGAUGCAUCAUUCGCAUGGAUGCAUAAAGCGUUGGGGAGAUUUGCUCAUUCCAGUUGUUUUCGUCAUGCAUUUCAGUUGUUUCUUUCAAUGUCUGUUUAAUAGUAUGAUGAAUUAUUAUUAUGAGUGAAGUACAAAAGUUUUUGGUGUAGCUGUGAACAAAAGUUGAAUGAGUACCAUGUUUCUGGCACUUGCAAUAUUGGAAGUUAGUAUUGUGCACAAA